GAGCUCACAGUGUCUUCCUUCAUCACUCGCUUCAUCUGACCAGUGAUGUUCUGAUUCCUAAAACUGCAUUCUAAAUGCAAGGCUUUAAAGGUCAGGUUUUCUGGUGCAGGUGCCUCAAGUAAGCAAAGGAAAUGAAUUUAUUUUCAUGUUCACUUCAGAUGCUUUGUGGUAAAUCUCAGGAGAGAUGUCAGUAUUUUGGCUUAACUCCACAUGUCUAGCACAGGUUUGUGGCUCAUAAGAUUGCCUCAUAAGUGUGUUAGAAAUGGGAAAGUGUUGGAAAGGAGCAGAAUACUUUUGAUUAAAUGGUGUUUACUAAAGUACAAUAGAGUCAUUUAAUAUCUUACACUUUUUGUUAUGUUCUAGAACAUCACAUGAAGAUGAUGUCUCUUCCCUUAAGGAUUUCAUAAGCUUGUAGGAGUAGCAGACAUAAAAACAAAAAAGAUAUACCAUUAUGAUUUAGGUAUUUAUAAAAAUAUGUAUAAAGUGCUAUGAGAGUCCAGAGGAUCGACCAACAUGUAAUUUAUAGGACCUUAAUGAGAGGUACACCAUGGUCAGAAUCCACGUUGAGCAGUGUGAAAGAUGGAUCAGAAAGGGAAGGAGAGAUUAUUAACAGUCCAGUAAUCUAGGCAAGAGAAAGUGGCUGCUCGAUGGUAGUGUCAGAAACAGACUUUGGGUAUAUUUGUGGAUGUAGAGUCAAGAGGAAUCUUGGCUAAAUGUAGAAUACGAGGAAAAGGAAAGAGUCGAAAAUAAUUUCUGGGCUUUUAGCUUGUGUUUCCUAGUAGAUACUCUUAAGUGAGAUUGAGGAUAUAGGAAGAAGAGCAGGUUUGUUUUAAGGGGAAAAUAAUGAGUUCAGCUUUGGACACUUUUAAAAUGAGGUGCUGGUGGAUCUCAUGAGUAGAAACGUCAAAGAAGCAUUUGAAAUGUAGAUGUGGAUCUCAGAUGAGAAGUCUGGGUCGGAAAUCCAGAUUCAUAUUUCCACCUGCACAUCCGAGGGGUGAAUCUGCUUCAGCACACCAUGUCACCUUAGCAAUGUUUCCAAAGAGUAGAAUAAUGAUAGCUUACGUUUAUGGAGUACCAGGCACUUUUACAUUUAUUUCAUAUAGUCCCAACAAAAGUUCUAUGAUCGGUACAUUUUUUACCUCCGUAUGAAAGAUACAGAACUUAAAGUUCAGAAAUAAUUUGCCCGAGGCUCCUCAGCUAAUAAGUCAUAAAGCCAGGUCUUGAACUCAGAUCUGUCAAAAUUCCAAAGCAUGGAGAAAACAUCAUGCUGUGCUGCUUUCUCAUAAUAUUAGCUGUAAUUUUAUUGAGUCAUUACAGUAUGCCAGGCAUUUCACUAAAUUACAGACAUCUCAGCAGAAGGUGAUUCCAGGAGAAAUUUUAAUACCAAUAAAAGCAGGAAAGAAAGGUCUUGUAGAAGUUUUAUUUAUUCUCUCUGUGUGUAUAAAUAUAUAAUAAUUAUUAGUACUUUUCUCCCAACCUCUGUUUAAUAUAAGAUUUUUAGUUUUGCCCACAAGGUUUGCCAACACCACAGUAUGUUUGAAAGAUCUUAUUCAGGCAGAGGGUGAGUGAUUGCAUGCUGAGGUUUGAGGGCAUCCAGAAGAAGGACCAGUUUAUUUGGUUCCCUGGAAUGCUAGGUGCAGGGUAGGCCAGAUAGCAAAGACGUAGACACAAAUAAGAUUUGAGUCUUGCCUUUCCACUUCUCUUCCCUCCCAACUGGGGGAAUUAGGAAGGGUGUCACGAAGGAGGGAAUGUUAAAGCUCGUCUUCAGAUCCUGAGCCAAAGCAAAAAGAUGUCAGGCUGAAAGAACAUGAGCAAAAGGCACAGGUGUUUGAGAGUCCAUGGUGUGUGUCAGGAGUGGAGUAGUAGUCUGCUGUGGGCGGUUUAGCGCUGGACUGAAAGAAGUGGAGGGAGAGGAGGCUUCAGAUUUAUUUGCGUGGCACUCUGUAUCCAUGCCUACACAUAUGGAAAAUAGUUGCUAAGUUUUUUGUUCUACAUUCGCAGACAACGUUUAGGGAAUAUCAUUUCAAGCAUGGUUUAUAAAAAAAGUCAAAUCUCAAGGGUAUCCUACAAGAUGACUUAGGAAGUCUUGCUCAGAGAUGACAAUGAUUGAAAGGUAGUAGCGGAAGCAAGAACAAUGUAUAAAGAAGAAACAGGUAAAGGAAAAGAAAUACAGUAAAACUUCUUAAAAUUACAUAUUUUCUGUGGGGAAAUAUGGCAGGUACCCCGUAAAACAAAUGUUCUUUGAUAGCUGAGUGUUGUUCGUUACAAGUCGUAUUCAGGGCCUUGACUCCCAGCUUAAAUUGCUGAAGCGGAUCUCUGUGAGUCAGCAGAGUAGAGGGAACAGGAAGAGUGACUCUAACUCUUGCCGUUUUAAACCGUCAUAUGACAGUUUCUUUUAAAGACUUCCAGAGCAGAGUUCACUAUCAGAAUCGUCCUUCUCUAUCCUCUUCCUUCAACUAGAGUCGAAAUUUUAGUUCCUGCUGGCAUUGUAACAGACAGCGAGUCUUUUCUAGGAGGAGAAUUUUUCCUUUAUAAGUUUGUUCUGUUCCUUGUUAAAAGUUCUUCCGCCUUUACGUGGAAUUCCUUUUUCAGUUUAAAUAAAUCCGAAGAGAAAUAAAUUGACAGUCAUCUAUGGAGCUUUCAUGAUUUUUUUCACAGACUAACAAAAAUGAUGUGUUUUCCAGCUUUUUACAAUCCCAAAGACUUUUUUAUUUAUUUUUUUAAAAAAGCUUUAUUAAGGUAUCAUUGACAUACAGAAAAAACACCACACUUGUGUAAUAUACGCAAUUUGAUGAGUUUGGACAUAUGCAUACACCUAUGAUACUAUCACCAUGAUCAAGGACUUGGCCCAGCAAACAAAAGAAGGACUGAACAAAGGAGAGGAGACCAGCAAAGAUAACUUUGGAAGCUCUGAAUGCAGCAGAACAGGAACAAUGGAUCUCAAGUUCAACAACUCCAGAAAAUAUGUUUCCAUCACUGUCCCGUCCAAAACCCAAACAAUGUCACCACACAUCAAGUCAGUAGAUGACAUUGUAGUCCUUGGCAUAAAUCUCAGCAGAUUUAACAAACUUACUCAAUUUUUCAUAUGUGUUGCUGGAGUUUUUGUAUUUUACCUAAUUUAUGGAUAUUUACAGGAAUUAAUAUUUUCAAUGGAGGGGUUUAAGUCCUAUGGCUGGUACCUUACUUUAGUGCAGUUUGCAUUUUACUCCAUAUUUGGCCUAAUAGAACUUCAGCUUAUUCAGGACAAAAGGAGAAGAAUACCAGGAAAAACCUACAUGAUAAUAGCUUUUCUAACUGUGGGUACUAUGGGGUUAUCAAACACUUCCUUGGGCUACCUGAAUUACCCUACCCAAGUCAUCUUCAAGUGCUGCAAAUUGAUUCCUGUUAUGCUAGGAGGAGUUUUGAUUCAAGGAAAGCGCUAUAACGUGGUAGACGUGUCUGCUGCAGUGUGUAUGAGCCUUGGUCUAAUAUGGUUUACCCUCGCUGACAGCACGACUGCGCCAAAUUUCAACCUGACAGGUGUGAUUCUUAUUUCCCUGGCCCUGUGUGCGGACGCUGUCAUUGGAAAUGUUCAAGAGAAAGCUAUGAAGCUGCAUAAUGCUUCGAAUUCAGAAAUGGUUUUGUAUUCGUACUCGAUCGGUUUUGUGUACAUUUUACUGGGAUUGACAUGCACUAGUGGACUAGGCCCUGCGGUCACAUUCUGUUCAAAGAAUCCAAUUCAGACCUACGGUUAUGCUUUCCUUUUUUCCCUCACUGGCUAUUUUGGAAUCUCCUUUGUUCUGGCUUUGAUUAAAAUUUUUGGUGCACUUGUUGCUGUAACAGUGACAACAGGAAGAAAAGCAAUGACCAUCGUACUUUCAUUCAUAUUCUUUGCUAAACCAUUCACAUUUCAGUAUGUAUGGUCUGGCUUUUUAGUUGUUCUUGGUAUAUUUCUCAAUGUUUACAGCAAAAAUAUGGAUAAAAUAAGACUACCGUCACUCUAUGAUCUGAUAAACAAAAUGGUGGAAACAAGAACGUCAAGGACGUUGGCACAAACCGUAUAGUACGUGAUUUGUCCUAUUUAAGGUAGACUUCUAAGGAAAAAAUCAUCAACUAAUUAACUUUCCAGAGGGAUUAUUAUAAAAACUAAAGGCUCUGAAAGCACGCCAUCCAUUUGGGCUGGAUUACGGAGGACGUCGGCCCUUUUCUUCAGAACACUGACUGACUGCUGAAGUGAUCAGGAGAGCCGCAUCUGGCACACCUUAGAAUAAAAUGUCAAUAUGAAGGACUGUAGUUCUUAGCAGUUGAUUGAGAAUUUCACUGGAAAUGGACCAUGUUGCAAGACUAAUUGGGUAUCGUUAUGACAUAUCAAAGACACUGAUAUGUAACAGCAGCUUGUUUUGUCUUCCUUCCAUUUUGGUGGCGAUAUUUAAAUUGAUUCUCUGUUGUAAGAAUGAACUGAUGAUUUAAAGUCAGGAGAGAAUCACUUCAUUAUAAAUAAAAUUAUUCUGUGAUUUUCCUUUUUUAAGAAUGUGUUGACAGACUUUUGUUGUGAAGAGGGCGGUGAAGGUUGGAGUAAGGCUUUACAUAAAUUUUAAAACUGAAGCUUUUCUCUGAUCGUUUAAAAGUAUGCUUUAGAGCAAACCUGCCCUCAGUCGUCUGUGGGCUACAGGCGGUAGAGCGGGAGGAGCCGUCCCCCUGCGUCCUGCGAGCAUGCGGCACAGGAAGAAUUUGCUGCUGUUCAUCAAAGUGCUCAAAGUUUGAAUGAUUUGGAUUUUUUAAUUGAAGGGAAGAUCAUUGAUGUUUUAAAUUACUGUAAAAUAAUCAUAAAAUUGUCAAUUUUUCUCAUAAAAGUGAAAUUUAAUUUGGCAGCUUGAAGAUGAAAUAGGAUAAAUUUAAGAAACACAAGUAAAUUUAGAAAAUUUGUACCAUAUGUUGCUUGCACAGUUUUGUUUUGGCCUAUAUUUUUUAGCAGUAAGUUUUGACAUUGCGUCCACUGUAUUAAAAAAUCCUGUUAAUCUUUAUUUUCAGUGUAAGUAACGUUGGUUAGAACAGCUUAGUAUCUAUGCUGUCAGUGAGAACACUUACAUUUUGUGAGUAUAGUUUACUUGGGAUACUUAAUCUCUUUCUUAAAAUUCAGUUGUACUCUGAUGACUUUCACCUGUUAUGUGCCUGUGUGGGGACAGCAGAGCCCAUGGUAAUUUAAGGAUCUGGCAUAAGGAGUUCUGACUGGUUUUCAUUUGUCAUAUGUUAAAAUACCAUGGGGUUUUUUCCCCCAAAUGGUAAUAAUCAUUUUUAAGUCUUCAUAUUUUAAAAUGAAAGGAAUCUCAAUUUGUACUUUAUUAUGCUGCCUUAAACUCUAAGACAACAAGGACUUGUGCUUUUAAAAAAAAGUCAGUUUUCCCAAAUCCUUGAUAAAAUAUAAUAAUUUAACUUAUCGAGGCAUCCUUUUACCUUUACCCCCACACUGUUCUAAUUUCUUACCUCUGUCUGUCUGUUACAAACUCCUUAUCCUACCCCCCAAUUUUAAACAUUUUAGCACUGUUUAAAAAUCCUUUUGCCAGCCUAAAUAACCCUUUGUACUCCAUUACCUUUUUUUACUUGCCAUCAGAUGGAGGUAAACUUCAUCUCACUUAUUUGUAUCCAUGGAGUAUUCUUAAUGAAGAGUCUAAAAUAUAGGAUAAUUCCUAGUAAAGGAAGUCAACAUUUGAAUGUGUACUUUGUGCCAGAUUUUAUAAUAUGAUCUUCUUUCAUGAAUAUUAUCUCGUCAUCCCAACAACCAAAAUAAGUCAUAAAUAAAAAUGGAAUUAAAAAUAAUAAUUGCAAUCAGUAAUAUAUAACUGCUUGUUAGGUGCCAGGCACUAUUAUAAGUGCUUUAUACACAAUAACUUAUUUAAUCCUCACAACAUCUCUAUGAGGGUAUUAUUAUCCUCAUUUUACAGAUGAGGAAGCUGUGGCCAGAGGGAUUAAGGGACAUUGCACCUUCGAGAAAGAGCCAGAGCCAUCUGCCAAGCAGUCUGGUUCCAGAGUCAUGCUCUUAACCACUGAGCUGCCUCUCUAAGUAGACGUGAUUAUUCUUAUUCACAGUUUUGCAAAUACAGAAGUUGAGAACCAGGGUAAGUACUUACUAGCUCAUAAUCACAUAACUAGUAUGGUACAGGACUGGAUUUCAAACCCAGUUCUGUCAUCCUCCGAGGCAUAUUUUCUAUCCAUUGGACCCCACUAUGAACAGAGUAACAUAAUGAGUGAUAAAGUGUUCCUAAGUAAAGAAUUUGUGGGACAUACUUAAAUGAAUAGGCAAGGAUAAUUUGAUUGGAACAUUAGUUAAAUGCAGAUAGAUGUAUUUCUUUUAAGCAAUGUAAAUAUCAGUUGUUCAGCUGUGUUCACAUUAGGUGUCUGUCACACAGUAGGCACCCAGUAUAUAUCUGUGCCAUACAAGACUAAUCAAAGAAUAUCAUUAGAUGAAAAAGAUAUUGGAUAAUUGAUAUUCUGAAUUCUGUCUUAUUAUGUCCCCUUUUCUGGCAUGAUAUUCAGUACAGCAAAAUAACAUAACAGCAGAAGAAUCUGGCCAACUCCUGUGGAUCACUGUAUUAAGACUUGACCUAGAGGUAAGCCAGCCUAGCCAGAAUCCUCAGUAAGCCCAUGUUAUAUAAUAAAGAAUUUGGGCAGCUUUUGUUCUGGUUUCUUGAUGGGUAGCUUCUAAUUCUUGCGAUUUCCCAAGUGAUAGGAAUGUCCUUGUUUUUCAUGGUGGCCCCUAGAUAGUUCCAGGGUCAGGGCUGACCAUGCUGGAAAGACCAGCCAUGUGACUAUCAGGUUGGGGUUUUGAGUGACAUAUCAGUUCAGCCUCCGGGGAAAAGGUAUGGAGAAGAAGUUCAACUGUGUAGCCAAUGAUUCAGUCAAUCAUGGCUGCAUAGCGAAACCCCAGUAAAAAUCCUGGACAGCAAGGCUUGGGAGAGCUUCCCUGGUUGGAGGUAGACAUUGGUGUGGCUGGAGGGUGAUGUGUUCUGCAGACGUGGCAGCUUCAUGUUGUAAUCCUCCUGGACCUUGCCCCACAGGUCUUUUGUCUGCUCCCGGUCUGUAUCCUGUAUAAUAAAACUGGAAUGGAACCUGUGGGGCUGCCCUGAGUUCUGUGAGUUGUUCUAGCACACUGUUGAACCUGAGGGGAUAGUGGGAACCCCCGAAUUUGUAGCCAGUUGGUAACAAGUGCGAGCCACCUGGGAAGCUCAGAGCUUGCAGCUGGCGUCUGAAGUGAGGGCAAUCUUCCUGGAGAUUGUUCCCAUCACCUGUGAAACUAGACCUGAUUCCAGGUACUUAGAAUCACACUGCAGGCUUUAUGCUCAACAAAUGUUUUUAAAUAACUUUUAGCAUUCUCUGGACUGUUAUCUAACUCCCUUAGUUUUCUCAAGUGAUUUUUAUCUUAAACCUACUUUACAUUCUAGAUUCUUUGUCAAAGAGCACAGAAUUCUAGUAAAAUGUUAUCAGGAUGAUACACCAAUAAUAUGGCUUAGCAUAAUGAAAAUAUUUAUGCAUUGCAAUAUCACAUUUGCUCUUUACACAGUUUCAAAUUAUCAGUUUCUGCAUAUUGAUGCUCAAAAGCUUUGUUGUGUGCUUCCUUCCAUGACAUUUUUCCUAUUAUGUGUUUCAUAUUUUCCCUUAUUUUGCUUUUCAUGUGUCCUUAUUGAAUGUCCUUGUACUUGCCCCUGGAGUCAGCCAUCUUAACCUUUUUAAUAGGUAGUGUAGCAUCACUGACUUGACAGUUUUUACUUCAGAAUCAUUUAUUCAUCCAUCCUCACUGGCCCAAAUAUGUGCCAGGCGUUAUGCUAGAUGCUGAGGAUGCAAGAAAGAAUCAAAUACAACCCUUGCCCUUAAGGACACCCAUUCUAUAGAUGGUGUGCUAUGAUCUCUACAUAAAAAUGCAUAAACUAUGUUGGUUUCCUUCCAGUCAUAGGGUAUCUUUUUAGCCCUAAGUUUUCAAAAUAAUUCCCCACGGUGGGAGUGCUUCUAAAACUUUAAUGUGCAUAUGAAUCACCGAAGGAUCUUAAAAAAGACAUUAAUUCAGUAGGAUUGGCUUGGGGCCUGAGGUUUUUGCUCCAACAAGAUGCUGAUACUGCUGGUCCACAGGCCACACUUGAGUUGUUGAGGUCUUAGAGUACAAACUCCAGAUGUUUUCAAUAUCAGGACAUCUUAAAUUAUUUGAAUAAUUUUCACCUAAUUUCCUUCCAUUUGCUUUUCAGACUUCCCAUUCUGUGUGGCCUGACCCAGUUUAACGUCUCUCAGAGUCCCUUUGUUCAAACUGAACAGAAAUCUUACCAUGUGGCAGAAUUGCUGGCAUAGUGAAAAGAGUUUUUUCAUCAUUAUAGGUGUGUGAAAAAUUUAAUAUUCAUUACUUUCUCCAUAAAUGUUACUUUUUUUUAAAUCUUCACGAAAGUAAGAUAAACCCAUAAUUUCCUACCAGUCAUGGUCUGUUGAUUUAAUUUCAUGGCCUGUGGUUAGAAUACUUUUUAUGCUAUUUCAUGGUGACAUUGUGAAGAAAAAGUUCGCUUCAGUAAUUUGCUGCUCCUGCAGAAUGAGCUGUCUUCCCGAGGCUUCAGGAAGUAGGACUUCACCCUGACGGAAUUCCGAGACUUUAAUCACAAAACGUGUGUUAUUAAAUAUCUUAAUCCUAGGAUACCCCCGAAUUUCUAAAACAUAAUUAGGCCAUCUUAAUCAGUUUAACACAAUUGAUAAGAUUAUGUAGAUGAAAUAAGUAAAAUGUGGAUAAUUAUUCACGAUAGGUAGUGAUAGACAUGAGACCUUGGAGUCUGAUUAUCAGAGAUUUCCUUGCAGGACUCCCCUCCCAGUUGUUUCUCCUAAUGCCAGUUAUAACACAAGGAAUAAGAAACAGAUCAAUUCAAGUAUAUAUCUUGUUUCAUUUUUCACUCAACAGAAUAUUAGCAUUUGGGAAUGGAUUUUUUUAUACUUUCUGAAAAGUUCAUUAAUGUUUGUCUGAAUUUUAAUUGUGUAGGAUGUCUUUUGUAUAUAUACCCAGAGAAGAUGUGUAAAGGCAGUAAUCAUCUUUUCUCCAGUUUUAAACUACAUUUUAAUUGACCUUGUGUUAGUCUGAAAAAUCCGUGCUAAGCGACACAAAUCAUGAAAUCUCAGGACUGUUUUGAUGUUGGGAUACCUGUCAUUACAUCAAAGGAGUCAAAUGAAAUGUCUGCUCUUGAGAAGCUUUGAUCUAAUGGAUAGGGUAGGGUAGGGCUGGGAGGAAGUUACUGUGAAAUGCCUACAGAGCAUGACCGCAGCCAGUUCAAGUCAUACAGAUGUCUGUCCUUAGACGGCGAGGAACCAGGGGAGCAUCACAGCACGUUGACUGACGUGGGGAAGGUCAUGUACCUGGUCUGCAGGUACGGGACUGGUACCAAUGGGCACUGUUGUCUCUCUCAAUUCUGAGGGCUUAUCUGUUUACAAAGUUUCUGAGAAGCUCUAAUAGUUUGAUUAUUCUUUUUUUCCUCCCCUUCUGGGACUCCUGCUGAUGUUGGCACUUCUACUUUCAUCUCACGUAUCCCUGAGUUGUUCUUUCAUGGUUUCUGUCUCUUUAUCUUUCUUGCUGCUUCUGGGAGAGUUUCUCAGUGUGAACAUUCAACAUUUAUUUGUUCUUCAUCUAGUAACCUGCUAUUUGCCCUAUUCUUAGUGUUUUGUUUUUUUAUAUUCCAACUAUUUUCAUAAUAUUUCCACUUGAUUUUUCUAAUGAUUUCUUGACUUUGUUUUAUGUUACCAGUAUUUUACCUUAUUUCCAUAUAUUUAUCAUGGUUAUUUUAAAUUCCUGGGUAUGCUAUUCUAAUGAUUCUGAUGGUAGACAUUUGUAGUCGUCUUUCUUUUACAGUUGUUAUACGCCUUGGCAUGGCCUCUUUCCCAGCAGCCCUCUCACUGCCGUCUACACUGCGCUCCUUCCUAGACCAUGCUCCCUCCAAACCGUGCUCCCUCCAAACCAUGCUCCCUCCUCUGCUUCUGUCCAUACUCCAAAGUUAACACAGCCUCAGUCUCCCCAGGACAGCUCAUUUUUUGGUAUCUUUUUUCCCCCUAGAAUCCACGUCAGUCUGUCUGCCCCCUCUUUCUCUCUGUCUCUCUCUCUCUCUCUUCCAUAGUUUCUCCAAGUUUGUUUUGGAAAGAAGCCGGCAGCCUGUGCUAGUUCACCAUCUUGAUGGGAGCCAAGACUAAUGAAAAGGGAACUUCUCUCAAUUUUCAUCUUAGUGAUUUACACUAGUGAGUCUCUGAUUUAACAUUCCAAUCCAUAUAAGAGCUUGCCGGCUGCUAUUUCGAUUCAAUUUAUUUUUAAAAUACUAGUGCAUUUACCAAUUUAAAUUGGUAAAAAUUCAAGUUUAAGCAGUAAGAUUCAGAAUGUUUAACAAUUCAAGAAUAGGUUUCAAGUCUUUUGUAAGGAAAAGUAAGUAAUGGAAAUAUAAAAUAGAUUUCAGUCAUUACAAUAAACUUAAAUUUCCUAUGAUGCUUAGUUAGAUGAGACUGUUUUUAAUACAUAUGUAUAAUUCUUUGAGAUUGGAAAACUUUACUUCACUUUAAAGUUUUGAUUAUUUGAGAUGGUACCUUGUAAGAUUUCCCACUUCUGCUGUUGUCUAGUGCACAGUGCAGAAAGCAUCACUUAUACAAAACCCUGUGAAAUAGGCAAGGCAGAAAUCAUUUCUGUUGUGCACACAUGGGAACAGGCCUCAGGAAAAUAAGGUUCAUGUGCAGCGAGCAGCAGAGCAGCCCUGAAGCCAGGUGCUCUGACUCUGGAUCCUAAUGCCUGUCUGAUAACCCGCCAUUCCUUAACCUCCACCUUUCCAGCCAGCACACCACCAGGUGAGCACUGGCAUCCUCGCCACUGUUUGUGUCCUCGCUUUGACAAUCUUGCUGGUGUGCCUAUUAACCCAUCUCGGGAGACUGGCCUCCUCAACCAGGCUUUAGGAAGGAUUCACAUACAGUGAUGAAAGAAGCAGUGAUUUUCUGCCUGCUGUCCCUGAUCAGCUAAAUCCUCCUCUGCAUGAGUGAGACAGCCCAUUUUGCAGGUAGGCCCUUAGAGUAUUUUACCAUCAGGUAAUGGGACUCAACCUUAGGGAGAGGUCUUAUGGGCAACUGGGGUGGGAGACAGAAUCAAAGGACUGGUCAAGAUCUGAGUUUCAAUAGAAGUGCUGAGCAAGGAGCCGAGGCAAGUGUGGUCAAGGCCAAGAAGACAUCACUGGAGAUAGAACAUAUAGCAGAAGCUUAUUCACAAGGGGAAAAAAUAGAGAAUGUAGGCUUCAAUGUUGGCAGAGAACCAAAUGGAAUCUGACUUGCAAAGGUGUGAACUGCAAGGUCCAUUUGUCUCCCACAGCAAGAGAUCCAGGUGGAACUAAACCAAAAGCUGGUGAAGGGAUUAAAGAUAAUUAACAACGGGAAUUUUAAAAAUAUGACAUGUAAGAGCCGCAUCAGAAGUUAUACUUAAUGAUUUUGUGAUUCUUCUUUGUUAGCUGGAAACAUUGUUGCCACCAUAAGAAGGGAGAAUCUAGAAUUAGCAAUCAGUACUCCUGAAUUAUUGUAAUAUGAUGAGAUUUAGCAUAAAUUGCUUGACUUUACUAUACUUAAUCCACUAUAUUGAAAAAGGGAUGAUUAAAAACACCCCCACUUCACAGAAUUUUCUUUCUUAUGAUAGUUUUGUUAAGUGGUGUAUAAAUUGAAAUUUUAAUAUUCAAAACUCAAAUUGCCUGAUGCUAAGCUUUUCUAAGCAUACAAAUUCAACAGUAUUAUGAUUUGACUGUUAUCUUCCAAAUAGACAUGACUAUUCAAAUGAGGUGGCUAUAAUGUCAGAAGGCUUCAUUAUAACUGCAUGAACACAGACUUUUCUGGAGAGCAGAGAUGAUCAUAAAUGGUUCAGCUCUAUCUUAAAGUGACAUUGACACAGGUCCACUCAAAUUAAUAGUCCCAUCUGAACUAACUGGCUUUUCAGAAAGGUUAGUAAAUAACAAGCCAUGGACCCAUGUGACCCCUCUGCAGAAAAGUAUAAAUUACCAGCAAUUGUAAUAAGUAAUGGGAAAAUAGUAAGCUUUCUUUUUUGUUUGAUUUUUCCUGAUGACAUCCAUUGACCCAAAUGUCACAUUGCUUUAUCCAUUCAACAAACGUGUUGAGCAAUUUACAAGGCUCUUAGAACAUGUAUUAGGGUACAUAUAAAUGCCAAAGCCCCUUCGCUCAAUGAUCUCACAGUGAGGAGAGAGGCAGGCAUAGAGUGAUGGUGCAAUAAUUUCUAAUACUGUGGUUACAUAUAAAGUGUAAUACAACUAUUCAGAAAGACUUUUGCAAGAGGUAGUAUUUAAGCAAGUCCAAGAAAGAAAUGAGGCCCUAAAUAAGCACGCAGUCGGGGCUGGAGAGGCUGGAACCAAUAUUAGCAAUAUUUAGAAGGUGAUUAAUAUGGGGGCACAAGAGAAAGGAAGAAUUCUAUGAUAACUUUUGGGGUUCAUUCUACAAGAUACCUGACCAGUCCUUUACAAAUGUUUCAAGCUUGUGAAAAACAAUAAAAGACUGAGAAAUUGCCACAGAUUGAAGGAGACUAAGGAGAGAGGACAACUAAAUGCAUCAUAGUAUCCUAGAUUGGAUCCUAAAAGAGAAAAAGGACGAUAGUGGAAAAACUGGUGAAACCUGAAUAAACUGUGUAGUUUAGUUAAUAGUAUCAUACCAAUGUUAAUUUCUGAGUUGGAUAAAUGUUUGAUAAAUAUGUUAAUACUAGGGGAAGCUGAUAAAGUGUAUAUGGAUGUUCUCUGCACUCUUUUCCACUCUUCAGUAAAUGUGAAGUUAAUUCAAAAUAAAAUUUAAAAACUAAAAA